GUGAAGUGUAAACAAAAUGUUGUGGAGAAGGUAAUGAGCAAACUACGCUUUCUCACGGCCUUAUUCGGCAUCCAGCUGUAACCUAACCGACUAACAGUGAAGCAGCAACUCCUAACAUUGUAGAAAGGGUGGAUUUUCCUUCUUUUGCGGUGUUUAAUUUGUCCGGGAGUCAUGAGCUGCUGUUCAGCCGGUCAGCCUCCUGCUCGCAGCCCUCCGCUUUCUGCUGCAUUAGCGCCCAUCACCAGCAUGUUGGACACAGCUGCAGAGCAAAUGAUGGUCAACAAAGAUUUCCAGGCGGCUUUUGACACGUGUGACAGAGGUCUGAAGAGUCUGGACGGCAUGGAGCCAGAGGACAACAGAUGUGAGGAGUUCAGGGCGGGUUUCUGCAUCUUAGGGAUCCAGGCUCUGGCUGAGCUGAAUCAGUGGCAGGACGUCCUCUCCUGGGUCCUGCAGCAGUACGAGCACCAGGAGAACAUCCCAGCUAGAAUAAUGCAGAUGUGCGUACUUCUUUACUCCAAAGUCGGGGAGCCUGCCGUGAUGCAGGAAGCAGCCAGAGUUUGGUUGCUCUGGCCGUUGAACAGCGGAGUGUCCGGGUUCAGGACGGUGGCAGAGCUGUACCUGCUGCACAUCCUUGUGCCUCUCGGACACGGAGAGGAGGCUCGGGAGCUGAUCGCAGGUGAGGUGGGUAGCGCUGCGUUCACAGAAGACCAGAGACAGACGGCGCUGGAUGUCGUGGAAGAAAAAGAGCGACGGGAUCAAGAAGCACCUUGUAAUCCCAACGUUAGUCCGAGCUCAGAGAUCACAGCUCAUCCUCAAGGUGGUGUAAUUCACAAACUUGCAGCCAUGCUCAGGUUUUUAUACAGGAAAGUCAUGAUGUGCCACUCUGGUUCAUUUCCCCUCCGGAGACUCUUUCUGGCUGCUCUUCUCAUCUACAUGCUUUUUUUCCGACUGGAUCCAGCUCUCCCCUCUUCAUUCAUGUGGAUUUCCAAACUUUAUCAGCUUCUCAGACAAAUGUGGACCACCAUGUUUGCACCAUAUUAUCAGGCUCUCGCUCAGAGCAAAGAACUGUGAAAGACUGAAUAUCACACUGUGUUUAUUGAAACAUUUUGACUCAGCUGUGUUUUGUAAACGAGCAUGACGUAGUCCCUCAUUCUUUUGUUAUCAUAUCUGUAAAACCGCAGUCACAAAAGCAACUUCCUCCACACCCAAAGACAUUCCAGGAGUAUUUGCUGUUAGUCAAAGUACAGUUUUGAUGCUUUUAAAAUGCCCCACCGACUGUGAGAGCUUGAUUUUAUCACCUGGUUCUGUGAACCUGUGAAGUGUAAAUACAUUCUUGUCAGGUCAUCAUUGAUGCAUCGUUUAGGUUAAAGAUCCAGAUUGUUCAGCCUGAAGCGUCAUGCGCCUCAUCAUGAUACUUUUAUUUAUUCAGGAUCUCUGCAUCCUGAUCAUGAUGGCAUUAGUCCACAAACAUAGGAGCUAAAAGUAUGAGCGACAAAAUAGAUACAAUAUAUGAACAUGUCAGCUUAAUUGUAGGGUCAAUGUAUAAUUGUGGGACUUUUUGUAACAUAGUUGAGAGGUAUUAUAGUUGACGCUGUUGCUGUUUUCAGGCCUAAAAUCAACAUUGGCCAUUGUCUAGAACAGCGACUGAUGUAUGGACCAUGAUUCUGGUUAUCGUAUCACCAAAUCAUGUCUGAUGUGUAACUGUAAACCACAAAAACUCAAUUCUUCAUACUUUACCUGCAAAUACUAAGAAAUAAAAGGUGCUGGAUGGACAAAAAGACCUAAAAGAAAGACAAUUAAAAUAUCUGCUGAUAUAUUUCAAAAAUUGUCUCAACUUAAUAAAAAGAACACAAAACUAUUUUUGAAUGAGCUCAUUUUAUUAUUGCUUAGCUAAUUACAAGGUGGUUGUUAUUAAAUUUGGACAGUUAUUUAGUUGACAUUUUAGUGAUAUUCAGUCAUUUUUAUUAAUAAACGAUUGUUUCCAUAAUAGAGAAUUAUGGAAUUUGUAAAGACAUGAUCGGAAUGAACAUUAAAAAAACAUUAUUUUUUUACUUUUAAUAAUAAUAAUAAUAAUAAUAAUAAUAAUAAUAAUAAUAAUAAUAAUAAUAAUAAUAAUAAUAAUAAUAAUAAUAAUAAUAAUGUAUGCAAGAUAUAUCCCAUGGACCUCAAAAGUCCAACUAUAUAUUGACCCUGUAUGUUUAAUGAAAAGGGAGUAAAAGAAAGGAGGAAAGCUUUGAAUUUCAAAACUGAAUGCUUUUUCACUAAUUGUUUGACUUCUAGAACCAACUGGCUGCACUGGUGUUGAAUUAGGUGAGUCACUUCAAAGGAGGUGAACAUUUAUGCAAUUACUUAUUUUCCGUGUUAUAUUUUUAAUUCUUUGACAUUACGUUGUAGAAAUCUGUUUCUUGUUAAAUUCUCUGAUUGAAAUUCAAAAUUUCCAAGUUGGGGUGAAUACUUUUCAUAGGCAGAAGCAAAAAAUAACAUCAAAAUACAGUCUCUCAUUUGUCAAAUAUUUAUUAUAUUUAGGAAAAUGCAAAAAAUAAAAAAUGUACAGUUUUUUUGCAUUUACUUUAGAUUCGACCAAAUCUAAAAUAAAUACAAAUAUUCAUUAAAUUGUUUCAGAUUUGUAAAACCCUUUUUAUUUGUCUGGACUACAUGUAAGUAAAGACGUUUUUUCACUCUGACAAAUGGAAUAAAGGUUUUAAAAAAAAAAUCUGCAUUAAAAUGUGAAAAAAAAAAAACGGAGAAUCAGUCGCUCAGUGCUGUAAGUUAUGUUCGCUUACAGCAGUUUCAGUUUACGUUUACAGCUCUAAACUAUGGAGAUAAAUGAUGUAAAUGUCACAAUAGGUUGGAAAUGAUAGUCUUUUCCUUGUUUGUUUUUUAGACUCCUGGCUGCUGGUAAGUUUCGAUUCCAGCAAAGCGAACAGAAAAGUGUAAAACGAAAGUAAAGCUGCGGCUGUGAGGGAGGCGUUUACUGUUCACAGCUGAUUGUACUGCAACAGGCGGAUAUCAUACAGUUUAGCAGACUUGUCCAUCUUGUGUGGGACUAGUCAGGUAGUUAAAGUGAACUGUAAAGAAGAAGAAGAAGAAGUCUGCUGGGAUCUGUAGGAUGUUCUCACUGUUUACUACCAGACAUCUCCAUUUCGGUGAGUAGAACACAGUCAGUCUGAUGGGAAGUUUUCAUGUCUUCUGUCAGUGUAAUGCAAUAAUACAAGCAGUGCCAGAAUGUAACAUGUAUACAGGUACAUGCACUGCUGUCUUCUAUAGGUUUUUGUGAGAUUCAGAUAUGAUUCACACAGCAGCUAGAUAAAAUGAUGCAUAGUAAGAAACAAGACAAGUACAAUAAAGGUAAAAAUGCAAUAAAGUCAAUGUAAUGUACAGA